GAGAAGCGAGGGCUGCCAAGCAUGGACCGGCUUCCAGGGGAUCAGCAGAGCUGCAGCUCCACGGAUGAGAUGAGGGCACUAGAGCAACCACUCACUGGGAAAACAAGUAUUGGUGCCAGAGCUUUCGGUGGGUUCCAAGCCUGCUUUUUUGGAGACAGGCCCAUGGAUACAGUACGGAUUGCAGCUGUGGGAGCUGGUGUGGUGGGGCUCUCCACCGCUGUGUGCAUUUCCAAACUGGUCCCGCGAUGCUCCAUUACAGUCAUUUCAGACCAGUUCACUCCCGAGACCACGAGUGAUGUGGCAGCCGGAAUGCUUAUUCCUCCUGUUUAUCCAGACACACCCAUUCACAAGCAGAAGCAGUGGUUUAAAGAGACAUUUGAUCACCUGUUUGCAAUUGCCAAUUCUGCAGAAGCUGAAGAUGCUGGUGUUCUCCUGGUGUCUGGUUGGCAGAUAUUUCGGAGCAUUCCUACUGAGGAAGUGCCAUUCUGGGCUGAUGUGGUGCUGGGAUUUCGAAAGAUGACUGAGGAUGAGCUGAAGAAAUUCCCCCAACAUGUGUUCGGUCAGGCUUUUACGACGCUCAAAUGUGAAGGCCCUGCCUACCUCCCGUGGUUGGAGAAAAGGCUAAAAGGAAGCGGGGGCCUGAUACUCACCCGACGAGUAGAAGACCUGUGGGAGCUUCACCCGUCCUUCGACAUUGUGGUCAACUGUUCAGGCCUUGGAAGCAGGCAGCUUGCAGGAGAUCCGAAGAUUUUCCCAGUGAGGGGUCAAGUGCUCAAAGUGCAGGCUCCCUGGGUGAAGCAUUUUAUCCGAGAUGGGAGUGGGCUGACAUACAUUUACCCUGGUAUAUCCAACGUAACCCUGGGUGGAACUAGGCAAAAAGGAGACUGGAAUCUGUCCCCAGAUGCAGAAGUUAGCAAAGGGAUUCUUUCCCGAUGCUGUGCCCUCGAGCCCUCUCUCCAUGGAGCCUGUGACAUAAGGGAGAAGGUGGGCUUGAGGCCCACCAGGCCAGGUGUGCGGCUGGAGAAAGAGCUCUUAGCCCAGGGCAGCCGGAGGCUGCCUGUGGUCCAUCACUACGGCCACGGUAGUGGGGGCAUAGCCAUGCACUGGGGCACUGCCCUGGAGGCCGCCAGGCUGGUGAGCGAGUGUGCCCAAGCCCUCAGGACCCCUGCUCCCAAAUCAAAGCUGUAGGCAUGAAAUGACAGCAAAUGGCCCCAGAAACUAUUAAUCAAAAUAUAAUUUAAGUACCAGAAGAGAUUCAAAUAACCCUUCUAUCAAAUGAAAGCUUAAUUGGACAUGGCUUUGCUUUCAAAAUUAGAAAUGAUGCAAUAUGUAUCAGUAGACUUAAGAUUAGUACUAAUCUAACUUAGUACUAGACUUAAGUCUAGUACUAAUGACAUAGGGCAUAAAGCUCUAUUUUUGUUAAAAAAUACUUGCUAUAAAGUAAGAUUUCUUUAAGAUCUUGUGUCCAAGGAUCUAUGCCAAUUCACAUGGUUGCAGGGAUUUUUUUUGGCUCAUAAAUCCACAGGAGGAGAUAAUGUAUAGAAAACACUUAACUCACUGUCGGUUGCAGAGCUGCCCAUGAUGCUCAUAGGUUGCAGUCAAGUGAACACUAUAAUCCUUUAAAAUUACACAGUGAUAUACAAUUCAGGCUUGUUCCAUGUAGUGGAAGACAAAGCAUGAUUCCUGCUAGUGCUAGUGGCAACCUCUACUUCCUCUCAGCUGGUACUGAUGGUAGAAGAUAGGGAUGAUGUUGCCUACAGAUGUGGCAUCAACUCAAUUGCGGUCUGGGGUCAAUCACCUAAGGGGCGUACUUUCCACUACCACAAAUGAUUGAGAGCUGGUUUGUUGGAUGGUUGACUUUGCCUAAGCAUUUUUGAAGAUUGAAUAGUAUGUGCAGCCAAAGGGCUAAUGUGCUAAUUAAAAUGGAACAAUCACUCUGAACAAAAUAUAAACAAAGAGUUUUCUGCAAGUUGUUAAAAGGUACUGGGGAGGAGUGGAAAUGUAUCUCAUGAUAAAAUGAGUUUGGGAAUUGCUGAAUUAAUUAAUCUGGAUUCUUGACUUGGUCUUUAAUCUGUUCAUGUGUAUUGUGAAUACUUAGGAGGGUUUUUGGCUGAGUGAAUGGUAAAGGAGAUGCUAUUCAUUGAGGUAAGGAAGCUUGGGAGAAAUAUAUGUAAUUUUUUUUUAUGAGAAUAGUCUGUUUUAUUUGACAUUUUCUAACACUGGAGAAUUUCUAAGUUUGAAUAUUUCUAAUUUAAAUAUAGGCCUAAAUAGUAGGCCUUAAUAAGAUGUAAUGUGUAUGGUGUUUAUGUUAUAGUUAUCGGGACUUCCCUGGUGGUUCAGUGGUUAAGACUCCACGCUUCCACUGCAGGGGGCACAGGUUCGAUCCCUGGUUGGGGAACUAAGAUCUCCCAUGCCUUGUGGUGUGGCCGAAAAAAAAAAAAAAAAGUUACAGCUAUCAUUGAAAAGGUGAAUGAAAAUAUAUACAUGAGGGUCAAAAAAAAGAAAUACGUGUAAUUCUAAUUUUAAUUUUUUGGGGAUAUGGCUUAUGUUUAGUGAUAAUAAGUUCUAUUUUAGACAUCCUGGGGGGAGAUGUGGAACUGGCAAAGAGGAUGGGAAAGAGAAAGCCCCCAGCACAGCUCCAUUCUUGCUGUUUUGUUCAUUAAGCUUUUGCAUAUGAUUUUUUUUUAACAUCUUCAUUGGAGUAUAAUUGCUUUACAAUGGUGUGUUAGUUUCUGCUUUAUAACAAAGUGAAUCAGCUAUACAUAUACAUGUGUCCCCAUAUCUCUUCCCUCUUGCAUCUCCCUCCCACUGUCCCUGUUGCAUAUGAUUUUGUUUGCAGAGAAUGUUGUGCUGGGAGAGAGAAAGAUGGAAAGAGCGAGCGUGCAUGCCAGUGUACUAAAGGACCUUAAUCAUCCUUUGCAGUAUUAAAGUUCCCAAGUUAAAUCAUGUGGAUUCUUUUCUAUGGAUUUCCACCAGGGGGUGGUGUUGUAUCAAAUUCAGAUAAAUUGGUACAUUGGAAAAUUUAGAAAUGGCUAGAAAUAAAAAUUGGAU